AAAAAUCGCACUCUCUAAUCUCAUACUACUACUCCCCUCCCUCUGCUCUCUCUUUUUGGUUUGCUAAGCUGAACGAUCUACAAAGAGGGAAACACAGCUUCAACUCACAGAGAAACACCAAAGCCAGAAGCUUUUGGCAAUAUAAAGGGAGAAGAAGUUGGGUUAUAAACAGAGGGAGAGAUGGUAGGGGCAGGGUCAGCGGUGGUGAACACGUACCCUUUAUCGAGCUACACAUUCGGUACUAAAGAACCCAAGAUGGAGAAAGACACUUCUGUGGCGGAUCGCCUUGCUCGCAUGAAAGUCAAUUAUAUGAAAGAGGGGAUGAGGACCAGUGUCGAAGCUAUUUUGCUGGUACAGGAACACAAUCAUCCUCACAUACUUCUUCUGCAAAUUGGAAACACAUUCUGCAAACUUCCAGGUGGGCGUUUGAAGCCUGGAGAGAAUGAAAUUGAGGGUUUGAAAAGAAAGCUGACGAGCAAGCUUGGAGCUAAUUCACCUGCUCUUGUGCCAGACUGGCAGAUUGGUGAAUGUGUGGCUACCUGGUGGAGGCCAAACUUUGAAACCAUUAUGUAUCCAUAUUGCCCUCCCCACAUAACAAAGCCCAAGGAGUGCAAGAAACUUUAUCUUGUUCACUUAUCUGAAAGGGAGUACUUUGCAGUGCCAAAAAAUUUGAAACUGCUUGCUGUGCCAUUGUUUGAACUCUAUGAUAAUGUGCAGAGAUAUGGACCAGUUAUAUCAACCAUUCCUCAACAACUCUCAAGAUUCCAGUUCAACAUGAUUACUACUGCUUGAACUUUGCGAGGAUUUGAGAAGUUGUGAUAGUACUUGAUUCGAGGAGGCUAUUGGCAACAGACAGCAUGAGUAUCAACAUUACUUUAGAACAGACUUUUAAUUUGGUUUAGACUGGAUGUCCAGAAGUUGUGCUGUGUGGAUCUCAUAACCGUUGAUGUUAAGAUUUAUUUUGGACCCUUAUCUUCAUGGGUUUAGGUUAUUUGCUAAUUAGAUCUCUGUCUUAUGAUUUACAAGUUAAAUAGUCACGAUCCAGAAUGGUAGGGUGCUAUGUGGCUGGAAGUGCGCAGCAGAAUUUUCCCAGCGGCAUUGAGUAUACAGCCAUUGUAUGGGGUAGUAAGAUGGGAAACGAUGGUCCUAUUUUGUCUUUAAAAUCUUCAUUUUGGUGUAAUGUUUGUGAUUUCUUGUACGUGGUUGUAACUUGUAAGCCCAAGAUUUUUUGAUUGAAUCAAGAAGGGUCUUGCAUUUCUCAAA